AAUUACCUUGCCCAAGUGAGUUUGGAUGAAUCACUCUGUUUCACUCUUGUGAACGCCGCUAAGUGGACGGUAGAUAUGCUCGAUUUGCUUCUCCGACAACUCGAAGACUUAUGUGAGAAGUCGGGAAUUCCAUUAAAACUUGAAAACGACCCUGCAGCUGCUAAUCUGGAAACGGUCUUUCUUCGAUUAGCUCAUAUGCUAAAAGAUAAUGGGGUGAUCAGUAGUAUAGAGACUCCUGAGUACGAUAAGGAACAUUAUGUCACAUGUGUCUCAUUUGAAAUUGCUGAUGGGGUUUUAUGUUACCAGCGAACAAAGGCUAGCGAUAGGGCUUCAGCUCUUCUUCAAGUUAUGGCUCAGGUGGAUGAUGAUCAUGAGCGGGAAAAAAAAGCUGCGGAAGCAGAGGGAAAAAUGCUCGCCCCUUCAAUUUCAAAACGUUUCAUUGAAAAACAGAUUGAGGUGGUCAAGAAAUUUCCGGUUGAGGAAUUGUACGUUGAAGCUGAAAAGCUCGUUUCAAAAAUUUGCCCCAUAGAAGAGAAGAGACUAAUGGGGAGAGAAAUCAGAUUGUAUAUCACCAAGACGAAUCGUGCUAUGAUUGUGGAAAUAAAAGGUUUUUGGCAACAAUAUGUAGAGCCUUCAUCCUUGGAUGAUGUGGGAAGUCAGGGUGCGGGCAUAAGACACGAUCUAAAUGGAUUAAAUAAGACACUUGAUUCGUUGCUCAUCAUGGUCGAUAUGUUUAAGAGUCAGUGGGAAAAGAAGUAUGAUCCAUUUGUUGCGCCGUUUGAUCGAUCAGACCCCAAAAGGCCACGUACUACUGACUUUUA